AUGACAAAGAUCACUGCCACAACAACAAUAGAACCAUCUUACAAGCACUACCCCGCCAAGAAACUAUCCAUCAUCGCAGCUCCCUUCUCCGGAGGCCAAUCCAAACUGGGUGUCGAGAAGGGCCCCACUUUCAUGCUCAAGCACGGUCUUCAACAUCAAUUAACCAAUCUCGGAUGGACCACCCAGGUGCAGCACCCAUUCUCUCAAGAGGACUACUCCACUCGAGUGAAAUCGGACACAAAGGAUAUGUUGGCCCAUAUCAAGAGACCACAGUUAGUAGGUGAAGCAGCACAAUUAGUUUACGGAGCCGUCCAGGAGGCAUUAUCUCACAAUGAAUUCCCGCUAACUUUGGGAGGAGAUCACUCAAUCGCUAUGGGGACCGUCUCCGCUACUGUUGAAAAAUAUCCCGACGUUGGUGUCCUCUGGAUCGACGCUCACGCUGAUAUUAAUACGUUGGACUCCACGGAUUCAGGUAAUUUGCACGGUUGUCCCGUGAGUUUCCUCAUGGGGUUGAACAAGACGGGGAAAUUGGAAUGUCCACCCUCGUUACAAUGGGUUCCUGCUAAUUUAAAACCAGAAAAGAUUGUAUACAUAGGUUUGAGAGAUAUCGAUGCUACAGAGAAGGAAAUUUUGAAAGAACAGGGGAUCAAUGCCUUUUCCAUGUAUCAUGUGGAUAAAUUCGGAAUUAACAAAGUCAUUGAGAUGGCUUUGAUGUUAUUACACCCGGAAACUGCCGGGGUGGGACCCAUUAUGUGUUCAUAUGACGUGGAUGCAUUGGAUCCACUGUUUGUUCCAGCAACAGGGACCCCAGUGAGAGGUGGGUUGACUCUAAGGGAGGGAUUGUUCUUAGUAGAACGUCUGGCUGAAACUGGGGAUUUGGUCGGUUUGGAUAUCGUCGAGGUUAAUCCAGAUUUGGCUGCUCAUGACGUGCAUGUCUCAGAUACCAUUGCUGCAAGUUGCGCCAUUGCAAGGUGUGCACUAGGUGAAACUUUGCUAUAA